GGCUUCUUGGAGCUCAGGCCUUGCUUUGGGAGUGUGGCUUGAUGGAAAGCCGUGGCUCCCACCCUCACUCCACCCCCUUCCCUGGCCCCGGCACCCAGGGACCUGCAACUUCAUUCUUCUGGCCCUUCCAGGCCCAGGCCAGUCAGCCCUGCCAUUGCCUUCCUUUCCCUUUCUUUUUUUGAGUGUCAGUCUUUCCAGCCACCCCCUCCCUCUCAGGGAGGUGCCUCAUGGCAGCCCGCCCCUCCGGCCUGGUUUCCUCAGGAAAAGCCCUGAGAGGAAGCAGGGAGGGGGCUGGGAGCUGUGGGGGCCAGAUGAACCUGAGCCCUCCCACCGAGCUGGCCGCUAUGGGGCUGGGGCUGCUGCUCCCGCUGCUGCUGCUCUGGACUCAGGGGACUCAGGGGUCAGAGCUGGACCCCAAUGGGCAGCACGUCUGUGUGGCCAGCAGCCCCUCUGCUGAGCUGCAGUGCUGCGCAGGCUGGAGGCAGAAGGAUCAAGAAUGCACCGUCCCCAUCUGUGAGGGGCUGGACGCCUGCCAGAAAGACGAGGUGUGUGUGAAGCCGGGCCUCUGUCGAUGCAAGCCUGGAUUCUUUGGGGCCCGCUGCAGCUCCCGCUGCCCGGGCCAGUACUGGGGCCCCGACUGCCGUGAGAGCUGCCCCUGCCACCCGCACGGCCAGUGCGAGCCAGCCACGGGCGCUUGCCAGUGCCAGGCCGACCGCUGGGGCGCCCGCUGCGAGUUCCCGUGCGCCUGCGGCCCCCACGGGCGCUGCGACCCCGCGACCGGCGUGUGCCACUGCGAACCGGGCUGGUGGUCGUCCACGUGCCGCCGCCCGUGCCAGUGCAACCCCGCGGCGGCGCGCUGCGAGCAGGCCACGGGCGCCUGCGUGUGCAAGCCGGGCUGGUGGGGGCGCCGCUGCAGCUUCCGCUGCGCCUGCCACGGCUCCCCGUGCGAGCAGGACUCGGGCCGCUGCGCCUGCCGGCCGGGCUGGUGGGGUCCCGAAUGCCGGCAGCAGUGCGAGUGUGUGCGGGGCCGCUGCAGCGCCGCCUCCGGCGAGUGCACCUGCCCGCCCGGCUUCCGCGGAGCGCGCUGCGAGCUGCCCUGCCCGGCAGGCAGCCACGGGGUGCAGUGCGCACACAGCUGUGGCCACUGCAAACACAAUGAGCCAUGCUCCCCAGACACGGGCAGCUGUGAGUCCUGCGAGCCGGGCUGGAAUGGGACCCAGUGCCAGCAGCCCUGCCUGCCUGGCACCUUUGGCGAGAGCUGCGAACAGCAGUGCCUUCACUGCCAACAUGGGGAGGCCUGUGAGCCAGAUACUGGCCACUGUCAGCGCUGUGACCCUGGCUGGCUGGGGCCCAGGUGUGAAGACCCCUGCCCCACUGGCACCUUUGGGGAAGACUGUGGCUCUACCUGCCCCACCUGUGUUCAGGGGGCCUGUGAUGCUGUGACAGGGGAAUGUGUCUGCAGUGCCGGCUACUGGGGGCCCAGCUGCAACGCCUCCUGCCCAGCCGGCUUCCAUGGAAACAACUGCUCAGUUCCUUGUGAAUGCCCAGAGGGACUCUGCCACCCUGUCUCUGGGUCCUGCCAGCCAGGCUCUCACCGUCGGGACGCCGCCCUCAUCGCGGGCAGCCUUGUGCCUCUGCUGCUGCUCUUCCUGGGCCUCAUCUGCUGUGCCUGCUGCUGCUGGGCCACCCGGUCAGACCUCAAGGACAGGCCAGCGAGAGAUGGAGCUACUGUGUCCAGGAUGAAGCUGCAGGUCUGGGGGACAUUGACCAGCUUGGGCUCCACGCUGCCCUGUGGUUCCCUCAGCUCCCACAAGUUACCCUGGGUGACAGUCUCACAUCACGACCCGGAGGUCCCCUUCAACCACAGCUUCAUCGAGCCGCCCUCUGCCGGAUGGGCCUCCGAUGACUCCUUCUCAUCCGAUCCUGAGUCUGGAGAGGCAGACGAGGGUCCUGCCUACUGUGUGCCACCCCAAGAAGGGAUGGUCCCUGUGGCCCAGGCAGAGUCGUCAGAGGCCAGCCUGGCUGGAGGUGCUUUCCCGCCCCCUGAAGACGCCUCCACGCCAUUCGCCAUCCCACGCACCUCCAGCCUAGCUCGGGCCAAGCGGCCAUCGGUCUCCUUUGCUGAAGGUACAAAGUUUGCGCCACAGAGUCGCCGAAGCUCAGGGGAGCUCUCCAGCCCGCUCCGAAAGCCCAAGAGGCUCUCCCGGGGGGCACAAUCGGGUCCUGAGGGCCGGGAAGCCGAAGAGUCCACAGGCCCAGAGGAAGCAGAAGCACACGAGUCCUUUCCUGCAGCUGCCAGUCCCGGGGAUUCAGCCACUGGCCACCGGCGGCCCCCACUUGGUGGCCGGACAGUGGCUGAGCACGUGGAAGCCAUUGAGGGCAGUGUCCAGGAGAGCUCAGGCCCCGUGACCACCAUCUACAUGCUGGCGGGGACGCCCCAGGGACCCGAAGGCCCUGUCCGCUCUGUCUUCCGCCAUUUUGGUAGCUUUCAGAAAGGCCAGGCAGAACCCAAGGUCAAGAGGGCCAUCCCUAAGCCUCCACGCCAGGCCCUGAAUCGGAAAAAGGGCAGCCCUGGCCUGGCCUCUGGCUCUGUCAGCCAGAGCCCCAACUCAGCCCCAAAAGCUGGGCUUCCUGGGGCCACAGGGCCUAUGGCAGUCAGACCAGAGGAAGCGGCCCAGGGGCUGGGGGCUGGCAUGGAGAGUUCAGGGAGAGUCCAGAAGCCAGUCUCUGGGGGUGGCUCCCCAAAACGGGAUCCCCAGAAGCAAGCUAAAGAGGAAAGGCAGGAGGAACCUGAGUAUGAGAACGUUGUACGCAUCUCCAGGCCACCAGAACCCUGAGGACCUUGAAUUUGGGGAGUGGGGAGACUGGAUGGGACCGAAACUGCCCAUGGACUAGACUGUGCUGUGUGCUGGAAAAUGAUCCCAGGGCCAGGACAGACAAACCAGGGCCUCUGCGCCUCCACAGGGAAAAGGCAAGGCUUCCAGGCCAGUUGGCCCAGGCCCCUGGCGUUGCUCCCGGAGGGGGCCAGGAAGGCCUGGGCAGAGACCCUGCAGGAUGGGGUCAGGAAGGGUUGCCUGCAGGGACUUCUCUGCUGUCCUGGACCCUGUGUGCCUCAGAAGGGCUAUUCUUUCUUUCAUGUGCAAAACAUUUUUCUGAAAUGGCAAACAACCUACAUGUUUGCUGAUAAAAGAUUGGCUAGACAAAUUUUUUUUUUUUUUUUGAGAUAGAGUCUUGCUCUGUCGCCCGGGCUGGAGUGCAGUGGCACAAUCUUGGCUCACUGCAAGCUCCGCCUCCUGGGUUCACGCCCUUCUCCUGCCUCAGCCUCCCGAGUAGCUGGGACUACAGGUGCCCACCACCACGCCCGGCUAAUUUUUUUUGUAUUUUUAAUAGAGACGGGGUUUCACCAUGUUAGCCAGGAUGGUCUCGAUCUCCUGACCUCGUGAUCCACCUGCCUCAGCCUCCCAAAGUGCUGGGAUGACAGGCGUGAGCUACCGCGCCCGGCCUGUGAACUUUUUAAAAAGGAUGUAUGUGCAUAAAAACAGAUUCAAGGGAAAGGCACUAAAUGGUAUUUUCCUCUGGAAGAUGAGAUUGUAGGUGAUAUUUAUUUUCUUCUGGAACUUUUGUAUAGUUCGCAAAUUUUCUACAGUGAACAUUCUUUUUUACUUUUGUUACUAGAUUGAAUUUGAUAAAGUAUAAUAAAAAGCAACGAUCUUUGUUAAAAAAAUAAAAAGUACUAACAUUAUAGACA